CCUGCGAGUCAUAAUUCGAAAAAGUAAUCGUUAUGACAGUGACGGUUUCUGGCUUUCUGCAUUAUCAUUUAAUUAAUUUUACCCCGAUGAUUUUUUGAUGAUGUUGCAGCCUUGCAGUUGCAGAUUGUGAAGACGUGACCCUUUGCGUAACCAUUAAGUACACAAAAAGUUCGUGAUCAUGCACAAACACCAGAUACUGCGUAAUUUAUUUAUCAUUUCAAAAAAAUUUUCACCUUUCUUUCAAGUCAUAAUCAAUUUUCUUAAAAAAGGUAUAUACUCUUUUUGCUGCUACGGUUAAUUGUCCACAUUUUUGAGAAUGAAACAAGAAUUACUAUUUUAUUGCGGUGUUCGACUUUAUGAAGAAAAAAAUUAAAAUCUUUUUAUUCCAAUUUUACGUUUUAAAUGCGAUGUGUUUCCCAACGUACAUCUAUACUUGUUUAGUUUAGCUUUACUCAAACACAUGUUGCGAUCUGUACUUGGCGGGAUAAGAAGACAAGGUCAGAAAAAAACUGUUAUGUGGUCCCCUGACGUGGAAGAUAAUUCUAAACCUUUACCAGACCUACCAAGAGAAGGUAUGACUGACGACGAAGCUUUAAAAAAGUCAGAUGAGAAUUUUAAUCAACCAACAUUAACGAAUGCAGUCAAUUACAACUUUACACCAAGUAAUAAUAAACCGAUUUUUAAUUUUGAUACCAUGAGUGCUGUUCAAACCCCCGAAAGUGCAAAAAAAUUUUGGUUUGGGAUGCAAUCAUCAGAUAAUGAAAUUCUUAUGGAUCAAUCAAGUGCACCCAAUUUAAGCCAGCAGGCAAUGGAUGGCGUGGAAAAUCUCAUUAACGAACAAAAGACACAUAUACGCAAUAAUCAAGCGAAUAGUUUCAUAGACCAACAGUCAGUUAAAUCAGGCAUAAAUGAAAAAUUUAAUACAUUCUCGAAUAGUGGAGGUCAUCAAGCCUUUCGAUUUGAGACGCAAUCAUCUGAGGAUGAUAAUAGUGUAGUUCAAGAAAAUAAAAUGGAUCCGCUAUCAGACUUUGCUGUAGAUCAAGCUGCACAGAUAGGUAAACUAACUGAAAACGAAAGAAAACGUAAUCGAACCCUUCGGUUCGCACAACCGUCACAAAAUCAAAAGUCUCAAAAGAUAAAGAGUGCGAAUAUAAAGUCCCAAGAAUUAGAACAAUUAGAACAAUUAGGAACGAGAGUAAAAGAUUUCGUUGAUACAACAAAGCUUUACGCUCAAGUACAGGAUGCAAUAAUUUUAAAGACAUCAAACGAAAUACCAUCAAAUGCGUCAGGACGGAAUCGAGCAUGGGACUAUUUCGAUGACGGUUUUAAAGCUGAAACAAAAAUCUCAGCCAGAGUCGAGUCCAAGGUUGAAUCUUUAACCGUUUACCAGGAAACCCCGCGAGUUUUAGAUAAUGUGGAGGAAGAUAACAAAUCCGGAUUAAAACUUGGAAACGAUUUGACACAUGAAAAUGACGAGCAUCGUGACGUUGAUGCGAAAGUGGUUCAAGUGAUUGAAGAUUUCCCUUCCGUUCCUGUCUUACCGUUAUUAAAUCAGAUUAUAAAGACUUCCGAGGUUACUCCCGUUCAAUAUGAGGAACAACCCAUUACAGACGGAAACAACGACAACGAGAUCGUCGAUAAAGAUACACUCGAUAAAUCGAAUACAUUUGAAAAAUCGGAUAUUGAUACAGAGAAGAAGGAGGAGGAGAAGAAGGAGGAGGAAGAGGAGGAAGAGGAGGAGGAAGAGGAGGAGGAAAUAGACCCUGCUUUUCGAUUCACAACAAUCUGCGAUUUGCGCGACGAGGUCUUUAGAUCUUCACCUCCUCAAUCGCGACGAGAGGUUUCCCUUAAGCGAAAAGCUACCUUUAAAAGGGCUCCGACAAAAAUAAAGAAUGAUAGUAAACCUGAGACAGAACAUUCACGGAGACGAAAGGAUCGUCUGUCAAUUUUCGACGCGAAUCGCGCAAAUUCGAUUACUAAAGUUCUUAACGAACUUGAUUCAGUGAUAGACCUUGAUACUCCUGCUGAACGUCUAUUUCGGCUUGAACAUCCCGAAUAUUUCCCAAUUGAGCCCUCGGAAUCACGUGAAGAACGACUUUACGAGUACGAACGGGCACGUAGUACGCAUGAAGCAUACGUGGCUAAGUUAAUGGCCAAACAAGAAAGCCGUCAAGAAAAAGUUGUGAAAAAACGCCUUCGCGAACUAGAAGAUGAAGAGCUUCUUCGAGAAGCUAGAAAGGUGGCCCGAAAGAGAAUCCAAGAAGAAAUGGGCUGGACCCCACCUUCUGACGCAGAGAUCUCGAGUUGGCGGGAACAAAGAGGAAGGUUUUCCCCGGCUGAAGAAGACGUAUAUGAUGAAAAAGAGAGCGACGAAGAAAAUGUUGAAACAUAUUUCACUCCUUUCGAAGAAUCUACAAACCCAUCAACUGCCCUGCGAUCUUCUUCUAUUCAACGCAGUAAGAAGGGUUUAUCAUACAGUGAACUUCGUCGUAGGACCAGGGAGAAAGAGCGUAACAAAAAGAUUCAGGCCGAACUUGCAAAGAUGCAAGAAACGGUACGAAAAUGUCAAAUUGAGGAUUUACGUCACCAAAUUCUUGAAGAAGAGCGUGUUCAUAAAAGGCAGAAGCUUGUUGACCUUUCUAACGAAAGGGAUAGGCGCGACGCAAAAACUAUUCAACAUAUUCGCGAAGUGGCAACAUCCAAAAUUGCAAUAGGACGAGCGAUUCGCGAAUUGGAGGAUAAGAUUGCUGCCGCAGAGGCAGAACUUUACCGAAAGAGGCGAUUUGAAGACAUGGUAAAUGAUCAGUCUGUCUAUAUGAAAUGCAUAAGAGAUGAAGAACUUCAGAAUGGAACCGUAAGCUCAUGAAAUAGGUUGGAAUUGACCUCAAAAAAAGAUUAUUUGAUGCCCGAAUCUGGUCAUAAAACUUUGUUGAUGUUGAACAAAUUGCUGAAGAACGGACUGAGUCGAACCGGAAGCUUCUAGAAAGGAUAAAGGCAAAGCUUCAUCAAUUACUUACUGAACGAACCUCAGCAUUAUUAGACAAUAUAUUGCUUGAUACGAAUUUGUUUCCUAUCAUAAUUAUCUUGUAUAUAUUUUUUAUAUUUUUAUUUUUAUAUCAGAAAUUCUUAAUUAGUAAUCAUUAAAUUCAAAGGAUAUUGUAUUUAAAACAUAAUUUUAUUUCGUUAUUUCAAUAUUUUGCAGACCAAUU